UAAAAUUUUCAAAAACAGUCCAUACACAAGAGCUGAAGACAGAAAAACACAGCUUUGUGUCUUCUAAACACACCAGGAUGGAGAGUGACUCAUGCGAUGAUAGCCAGAGUGACAGUGGAGUUUCAGCAGACUUCUCCCCAUGCAGCACUUUGGAGGGCAACACCACCAUCACUACAGGUACCCCAGCACCUGCACUUAAAGAGACUCCCAUUGAGAGGGAGAUCCGACGGGCUAUAGAGCGUGAGCACAGCCUGAGAAGGUCCAGGGGGCUUCCAAACCCACCCACCUCCCCAGAGUAUGUAGAGAUCCCUUUAAGGAAAACUGUUCUCUGCCAGUCAAUAACUGCUAAGUCUGAGAGGUGUCAAGGCAAAGACAGGCAGUUUGCAGGCAAAAAGAUGCAGCAUGACAUCCAUGCGGAGGUCCAGAGGGAGCAGGAUCUGGUCAAGCUUGGGAAAGUUCCAGGUGUCUACGACAAAGGCACUGUACGCCAACUCAAAGAGAGGAAACAGCUUUUUGAGGCCUUUCAGAAACCCAAUGACUCAACUUUGACUGUGCCAGCCAGGAGUAAGACCACAUCCUGGUCCUCUGCCAGUGACAUUUCAACCUUGGAGGACAACUCAUCGCAGGCAUCCACCAUAGAAGGCUCAUAUGUGGAGAGGAGCCCCACGCAGAGCCCAAACUUAGCCAAAGGAGGGGGUUCUACUUCUUUAACUCCCCAAGGACCAGGGUUCUCUGAGGGGGCAGCCUGUCAGGUUAUCAUCCUAGAGAACAAUCUGAGUGUCCCAGCACAGAAGCUCUACCACACCAAACCAGAGACUGUCGUCGACUCUGGAAGCCUUAAUAUCUCAUCAUCCAGGACAGGAGGACAUGGUGGGAUUGAAGUGAGAGAGCAGGAAAAGGAGGAGAGGGAAGAGGAGGAGGUGUCACCCAAGGAGAACCCCUUUUUUAAACUGCGCUCCUCAACAAAUGGAGUUAAAGUGGAGCAGGACAUCCGGGAGGCCCAAGAGAGGGAGAAGGAGCUUCACAAGCAGAGGAUCAGUCUGUAUGGGGGCACAGAGGGUGCAAAAGGAGGGGGGGUAGGAGGAGGAAGAGGAGGGGGAGAGAGGCCCGUCAGCACAGAAGGAAAGAGUCCCACGUUGUCCUUUUCUUCACUGAAUGGACUGGCUGUUCCUGACUCACCUGGCUCAUCAUCCAGAGGGGGUACUAGACCCACAGCAGCACGCCAGUCAGUUGGCAAGUUCGGCAUGUGGCCCCCGGCCCAGGCUGAAGAGGAGAAGAUUAACCGACCGGAGAGUCCCCGAACCCCCAGACAGAAGACCCCUCUGGUGCAACGCUGGGAGUCAGGCCUAGUCAACGGACACAGCAAUGAAGAUGACUGAGGAGACAGAGUGCACUGAAGGAGGGAUGAAGGUUAACCGAGACCUGUAGUUUUUGGGGUUUUUUUUAAAGUGGAGGACUGAAAGACUGUGAGAUGAAAAGGAAAGCAGCCUAAGGAAAGUGGGAGCAGACAGAGGAAGAAAGAGAGAAUGUGAAGCGAGAAAAAGGUCAGGGAUUGAGGCUUGAAAGGGGGUCAGGAGGAUUGGGAGCAAGGAAAAGGAUUGAUGGUGGACUGAAAACCCCGAAGAGUCAAUUCAGCCAGGAGGAGAGAAAAAGAAGGAAGAGGGCCCACCUAUUAGUGAAUAAGUACUUGGCCUGUUUCUGGUGCUGGAAAACUGUGAGACUAAUGAAUGUAAAAAUGGCACACAAAAAAAAAAUAAUGACACUGCACUGGAGAAAAGAAAAAUGUAAAUUCAGUAAGAAUGGGAUUUUCAAACUUUAAUGAAGUUCUUUACAAUUUGAUUUUUUUUUUAAAUUAUAAUAAGUCGUUAUUUGUUGACAAAAAUAGAUUGAGUGGUACCAUAAGCAGCUAGGAGAACAAUGUGUCAUCACCUGUUUUAUGCCUUUAAUGAUGUCUUACACUGAGUUACUAGUUUAUUACACUUGUACAAUCUAAUGCAAUCCCAUACAAUAGCCAUGCAAUAAACCCUGCCUUUGUGUAGCUCAGUCUGUUCAGUUUUUAUUGACAGUUUCAGGGAGUUGCUGAUUCAACUUUGUGGUCAUUUUAGAGGCAGUAGUCAGUGUUAGGAUUGUAUUUGACUGCAUUAUAAUGAAUCUCCACUUACACACAUGUGAAGGGACAAAAGUUGGAAACACCUCUCAGCAUAAUGGAGUCCAGUGCAACACCAACACUCACUAAAACAUGACCUUCUCCACAAAGAGAAUUCAUUUCAGCAUUUCUGUUUUUGAUCAUAUUGUUGAAGUGUUCCUAAUAAACUGGUAACUCAGUGUAUAUAGGCCAGUAAUCGGAAAGAUUGUACCAGUUGUAAUCCAUGAAUGACUCCUUCUUUUGUUAUGUUUCAUGCAUCAUUCUGAGAGCCAGAUCAUAGUGCAAUAAGGCACCUUCUUCAAAAAGCACAACAUUGAUCUGGGUUUCAGAGCUGAAUGAUAGAAAAUCAUACAAACCUAAUGCUUAAAUAUUAUGCUAUAUGUUGUUUAGACUUGUAAUAUUUUGGAAUGAAAAUUGACACAAUUAAGGGUCUCUCCUUUAUUUUUCUUUUUUGUAUAUCGAACUGAACAAUUAUGUGACUGCAAAAUAUUCAGUUUUAGUCUACUAACGCACGACAGCAGCAGCCUAAAAUUAAACUAAUUAAGGUUGGUUGAAGUCCUUAAUAGAGCCACACAUGUGCAGUUUUUCUUUCAGGGCUUGAGUGGUUAGCACAUACACACAACUAAUACUUAUUUUCUUUAAGAUAAACUUAAUUACAGUAAUCCCACAUGAUGGAAAUUCAGUCGUUACAAGACUUAAAAGCAAAGGAAAAGGGGGACAAGUGACAAGAAACAAGAUUUUGAAGAAAACAACAAAAUUUAAAAAUAAGCUAAAAUUAAAAUGUAUAGAUAUAAUACUAGAGACCAUCUUGUGAUGGGAUCACUCCAGCUGCAAUGUCCCCUUUUCCUACUUCCUACCCCCCUACUUCUGGCCCCCUUGGUUGGCCCACAUCCAUAUUUCAUAUCAAACUUCAUUUUGAUCUGAAGACACCUGUAAAUUUUUGUGACUGCAUCUUGCACAGUUGUAACGUGAUCAUGGUGACAAAAUCUGUCCCCAGACAGACAGGCAGACAUAUAAAAUGCUCAAAACAGCUUCUGUGAACCCUCAGCAUGUGAUAUCGAUACCAAAGGCACCCUUUAGCGUCUUCAUGAGCCACACCAGGUUUUCAACUAAUUCCACUAUAAACCCAUCUACAGCAAUACUUGAACUGACGCAGUAUAAAGAGCGCAAAAGUCUGUGUAGGGUGGAACAGAGGGGAGAUGGGUUGGGUCAAACAAAACAGGACUUUCACCCAAGAGACUGCAGUUGGUGUCCAGUGUGAAAAUAAAGUCAGUGUUGUUUUAAUGUAACUUUAUGUAGUUUGCAUACAGUCGUGGCACACUGACAUCACUCACGUGACAUAUUAUCAUCAUGUUACAUUAUUGUUACAGAACCAAUGUUCACAUUUUAACUCAUCAUAUGAUCUUUUUUUUUUUAAACCUAACCAACUAGAUUUUUUGCCCAAGACCCACUGUGACAAUUUCACAGCAUUAACCAUGUGUUACAGUGUGUGUUACACAGAAAGUGUGUCACAUAAAGGUGCUAAAGGGUGCACCAUA